AUGAAGGGGGUUCAGACAUACAUAACAGGAGGUGGUAUGAAGGUACCAGUGAUGACACCUCAAGAUGACAGGAUUGUUGUUAUCAUGGGAGUCCAAAUAAUCCCUAUAGAGACUUUGUAUGAUAGCAAUAAUAUGCAUAUGCCUGAGGAUGUUUAUCAAGGUGAUAUAAGCCACUAUGAAGGUGAUGAUGCUAUGGAGGACAUACCACUUCAAUCACCUCCUGCUAUGGAUAUCCCCAAUGCAAAAUAUUCAUCACAGGGAGGUAAAUCAGUAACGUUAAAAACACCAAAAAGGAAGAGGCAAUGUGCUGAAUGUGAGGAAAUGGGAGACAAGAAGAAGGAAGUGUUGGAAAGAAAAUUAGAAAUAUUAGAUAUUGUAAGGCGUAAGGAAUUAGUAGAAUUAGAGUUAAGACAAGUAGAAUUAGUAAUGAACAAAGCAGAAGCAGAAUAA